CUUCUGUAUUUUUGGUGCAGGAAGCGCUAUGUGUACGUUGUGCAGUGCCCAGAUGGCCCUGGGCUCAACUUUCCACUGGUUGUAACAUCUGAUGGAGUGUACUGUCGCCGAGAGGGCCUUGGGGGCCACUUUGUUUGUGGCAAGUCACCUGCUUCUGAUGAAGAACCAGACGUUGGGGAUCUUGAUGUGGAUUAUUCAUUCUUCGAUAAGGCAAUUUGGCCAACACUUGCUCACAGGAUUCCAGCUUUCAAGUCCCUGAAGGUGAAACUUCAUCUAUAAUAUGCGCGAGUGUUAUUACGUGUAGCUGAUACAUUGCAAUUUUUUUACUGGAGCCUUGACACACCUUUUAAAAUACGUCUAAUGUUAAAAGACAUCACAUCAUGAAUCUUUUCCAACAAAAAGUAAUUGAAUAUGUCUCGGAUGAGCCGAGGUGUUGGCGAUCAAAUGGCUACACCUUCCUAGUAUUUUUCUCUGCCUUGCCCUCCUUUUUAUUGUCCCUACAGCGUUCGAAGUUUUGCACAGCUGUGCAUAUAAGGAGCGAUGUCUACAAUGUCACGCCCACCUCUGUUAUUGCACCCAGUUUUGGUAUCAU